AUGGGCCUCUCAGGUACCAUCUCCCCUGAUUUUGUGUCCCUAAGGUCCCUCCAGAGACUGGUCCUGGCCAACAACAACCUUACCGGCACCAUCCCGGACGGGCUUGCGGCUCUUCCGAGCCUAACAGAGCUCGAUGUGUCCAACAAUCAUCUCUAUGGAAAAAUACCCUCAUUCAGGGCCAACAUAAUCCUGAAAACCAGCGGGAACCCAAACAUCGGACAUGAUAAACCCAGCUCAAACUCCACAACCUCGUCCUCCAUGGCUGGCCCAAGCUCUGAGUCCAACUCGCGGAAAUCUCGAAACAUGACAGGUGUCAUUGUAUUCUCUGUAAUGGGAGGGCUAUUCAUCCUCUGCUUGAUCGGGCUGGCUGCCUUGUGCUUGUACAAGAGCAAGCAGAAGAGGUUCACUCGGGUCCAGAGCCCGAAUGCCAUGGUGGUCCACCCGCGCCACUCGGGUAGGUCAGACAAUGACGACAGUGUGAAGAUCACGGUGGCAGGGUCCAGUGUGAGUGUGGGAGCCCUCAGCGUGGGCCCCACCGGCGAGUCGGGCGAUAUCCAGAUGGUUGAGGCGGGGAACAUGGUGAUCUCGAUACAGGUGCUGAGAAAUGUGACCAAUAACUUCAGCGAGGAUAACGUGCUCGGCAGGGGUGGAUUUGGAACCGUCUACAGAGGGGAACUUCACGACGGGACCAAAAUCGCGGUCAAGAGAAUGGAAUGUGGGGUAAUUGCGUGGAAAGGAACUGCAGAGUUUAAAUCCGAGAUCGCGGUCCUGACCAAGGUCCGGCACAGGCAUCUGGUGGCACUGCUAGGGUACUGUCUGGAUGGGAAUGAGAAGCUGCUCAUUUAUGAGUACAUGCCGCAGGGGACGUUGAGCAGGCAUCUUUUCGGGUGGGGGGAGGAAGGGCUGAGGCCCCUGGAGUGGACAAGUAGGCUGACAGUAGCGCUGGAUGUGGCAAGAGGAGUGGAGUACCUGCACGGGCUGGCCCACCAGAGCUUCAUACACAGGGACCUCAAGCCAUCUAACAUACUUCUGGGGGACGACAUGCGGACCAAGGUGGCAGAUUUUGGGCUCGUGCGGCUUGCACCGGAGGGGAAGGGUUCAAUUGAGACGAGGAUUGCUGGGACGUUCGGGUACCUUGCACCUGAGUACGCAGUGACGGGCAGGGUGACGACCAAGGUUGACGUCUUCAGCUUCGGUGUGAUCCUCAUGGAGCUAAUCACGGGCCGUCGGGAACUGGAUGAGACGCAACCCGAGGAGAGCAUCCACCUCGUCACAUGGUUCAAGCGCAUGCACCUCAACAAAGACGCCUUCCGGAAGGCUGUGGACCCCGCCAUUGAUCUCGACGACGACACCCUGUCGAGCAUUGGCACGGUUGCUGAGCUGGCGGGCUACUGCUGCGCGCGCAAGCCCUACCAGAGGCCUGAUAUGGGCCACGCGGUCAACGUGCUCUCCUCUCUGGUUGAGCUCUGGAUGCCAUCGUCUGACCAGGGCCCGGAGGACAUUUACGGAAUUGACCUCGAGAUGUCGUUACCACAGGCUCUCAAGAAGUGGCAGGCAUUCGAGGGGCGAACCCAUGCGGACUCGUCUUCCUCGUCUUACCUGCCGAGCCUGGACAAUACCCAGACGAGCAUACCCACGAGACCCUUCGGUUUUGCCGAGUCCUUCACGUCAGCCGACGGCAGGUGA